CUGCGGCCCCGAGGGAGGGCACGGUGCAGCAUCGCCUGGCCGCGAGCGGCCGUCUUAAGCCGACAGGCGCGCUGCAGCGUCCCCUCAGGGCCAGCCUCGGAAGGCGACCGUCCCGCGCGCGACACGGGCGCUCUCCCAACUCCCGCGCGGCAGGCAGCCGGGGCACGCGCUAUGAAGUCUUACACUACAUAUUUCAUGCUCCUAUGGAGUGCUGUUGGAAUAGCAAGGGCUGCCAAAAUCAUCAUCGUGCCGCCAAUUAUGUUUGAAAGCCAUUUGUACAUUUUCAAGACGUUAGCAUCAGCCUUGCAUGAGAGAGGCCAUCACACUGUGUUCCUUCUCUCAGAAGGCAGAGACAUUGCCCCAUCUAAUCACUACAGCCUCCAGCGAUACCCAGGGAUCUUCAACAGUACCACCUCAGAUGCUUUCCUGCAGUCUAAAAUGCGGAAUAUUUUCUCUGGACGAUUGACAGCAGUUGAACUGGUUGACAUACUGGAUCACUAUACUAAGAAUUGUGACAUGAUGGUUGGCAACCAAGCCCUAAUCCAAGGUUUGAAAAAGGAGAAGUUUGAUCUGCUACUUGUGGACCCCAAUGAUAUGUGUGGAUUUGUAAUCGCUCAUCUUUUAGGAGUUAAAUACGCUGUGUUUUCUACCGGCCUUUGGUAUCCUGCUGAAGUAGGAGCGCCUGCUCCUUUAGCUUAUGUCCCAGAGUUUAACUCACUCCUCACAGACCGUAUGAACUUCCUGGAAAGGAUGAAAAAUACCGGUGUUUACCUCAUUUCCAGAAUAGGGGUUAGCUUUCUGGUUCUUCCCAAAUACGAGAGGAUAAUGCAGAAGUACAACCUGCUGCCUGCGAAGUCCAUGUAUGAUUUGGUUCAUGGGUCCAGCCUAUGGAUGUUGUGUACUGAUGUAGCACUGGAGUUUCCAAGACCCACCCUGCCUAACGUUGUGUACGUUGGAGGAAUCCUCACAAAGCCGGCCGGCCCACUGCCAGAAGAUCUGCAGAGUUGGGUAAAUGGUGCUCAGGAACAUGGCUUUGUCCUGGUGUCUUUUGGAGCUGGUGUCAAGUACCUGUCAGAAGACAUUGCUAACAAACUGGCUGGAGCUCUGGGGAGAUUGCCUCAAAAAGUGAUUUGGAGGUUUUCUGGAACCAAACCAAAGAAUCUAGGAAACAACACUAAGCUCAUAGAAUGGCUGCCGCAAAAUGACCUGCUUGGUCAUUCAAACAUCAAAGCCUUCCUAAGCCAUGGUGGUUUGAAUAGUAUUUUUGAAACUAUGUAUCAUGGUGUCCCUGUAGUGGGAAUUCCACUUUUUGGAGACCAUUAUGAUACUAUGACUCGUGUACAGGCAAAAGGCAUGGGAAUAUUGUUAGAAUGGAAAACAGUUACUGAAGGAGAGUUGUAUGAUGCUCUGGUGAAAGUUAUCAACAAUCCGAGCUAUCGACAGAGAGCUCAGAAGUUAUCAGAAAUUCAUAAGGAUCAACCCGGCCACCCUGUCAAUCGAACUACCUAUUGGAUAGACUACAUUCUUCGCCAUGAUGGAGCCCAUCACCUCCGUUCAGCUGUACAUCAGAUUUCUUUUUGUCAGUAUUUUCUACUGGAUAUUGCCUUUGUGCUUUUGCUUGGUGCUGUCUUAUUCUACUUCAUUUUGUCCUGUGUGACAAAAUUUAUCUAUAGAAAAAUCAAAAGUCUGUGGUCUAGAAAUAAGCAUAGCACAGUUAAUGGACAUUACCAAAAUGGAAUUCCCAAUGGCAAAUACAAAGGAAAUGGUCAUAUUAAACAUGAAAAGAAGGUAAAAUGAGCCAACAGCCUAAGUUAUGGGAACAAAUCUGUUCGGUCAUUGAGUUUGUAUUGCUAUACUUUAGUCUAACAGCUACUAAAACUAAAUGUCAUCAAACAGUUCUAAUACUCCCUCAUCAGACCUUACUAAUGAAAUGCCAUGGAUAAGAUAUCUACAAAGAGCACAAACCUAAAUGCAAAAAUGUAUUUUAUUCAAAUACUGAUGCAGAAAGUUGGCACUGAACCAUUUAGAAGCCUUAAUGAUUUAAAUCAACUGAUUGUGUCAGACCUUAGUUUUAAAUG